AUGAAGACGGUAUUACGUGGAGUAGUUCUCAAGGAAUAUCUCACCAUUCGGACUCUCAUUUCAAAAAUAAUUGGUCUGACGUUAUCACUCGGGACUGGCCUGCCAAUUGGCAAAGAAGGGCCGCUUGUGCAUAUUGCAUCGGUAGUGGCUAAUCAGUUGAAUCGUUUCCUGUCUACUCCAGAUGGAGUCUUUCAAAAUGAGUCGAGAGCAAAUGAAUUUCUCGCCGCUGGUUGUGCUGUUGGUGUGGCGUGCACGUUCAGUGCUCCUGUUGGAGGAGUGCUGUUCUCCAUCGAAGUCACUUCCGCAUAUUUUGCUGUGCGAAACUAUUGGCGUGGAUUCUUUGCAGCCACCUGCAGUGCAACACUUUUCAGUGUACUUCGAGGACUACUCAGGGGCACGGGCAACAACCGUUCUGCUUGGAGUGAUUUACUGGAUUUAUCUAUGGAAGCUCACUACCAAACCACGUUUACUAUAACCGACACUUACACUUCCUCGGAACUACUUGCAUUCGCUGCUAUGGGGUGA